AUGUCGCCCACCUCCCCAUCCUCCCCGCGCCAGAUCGCAGAGUCGCCCUCGACAUCCCACCCCCGCACCAUGUCGCAGUCGGCGACGCGCUCCCCCGUCCGCGCGCUUGGCGGUGCCCAGCACCGAGGCAGUGCUGGCACAAGCUACCGUGACAACGUCGACGUUCAGCGCCAAAUGCAGCAGGAUAUCGAUUCAGCGAUGAGCAUGUCCCGCGCGCGCUCCGGAUCGCUCGUUGAGCCUUCGCCCAUGCUCCGUGGCCAGCUCCCGCGGUACUCCAGCUCCCCGAUCGAGGAGUCGCCGUUUGGCAUGCUGAGUGACGCCGAGGAGCGCGAGAUCCACCGCGCCCGUCAUGGCCACGGCGAAGAGGAGGACCAUGACGACCUGCGCGGACCCUACCGCCACGAAGAGGUUCUGAGCGACAAUGCCAGCGUGCACACCUUCCAGUCCAGGCAUGCGUCGGACGACACGCGCGACCGCGACCGCAGGCAGAUGAGCCGACACACCGGCCACAGCAGCCACGCGGACGCGGUGGGCAGCAUGGGCAGCAUGACGAGCCUCAACAUGGCCGGCGUUGCGCGGAGUGCGUUCGACUUUGCGGCCAUGGAGGAGUUUGCCGCUUCGGAGCGGCAGGUGCUGGACGUGGUCGACAGCGCCGAGCCGAUCCGCCGGCGGUCCACGGGUGUGCGUCUCGAGCGCUCGCACACAGCCGUGACCGACGCGGCCGCCAGUGGCAGUGGUAGCAGCACUCGACAGGACGUGAGCUCCACUGGCGGUGCUGGAAGCGACGAGACCGUGGCCAAGCCGUACAGCCUCGACUUUGAGCAGACGUCAACAAUGUCGCCGCCCAUGUUCAGUGUCGUUGGCGACAAUGGCGAGCCGGCAAAGGACGAGGAGCCGCAGACCAACUUCCACCGCAGGAGGGCACGCAAGCUCUCGCAGUCCAACCCUGUGCGCCGCGGGGCCAAGCUCGCGCUGUUUGAGAGCUUUGGCGGCGGUGGCGACGACAAUGCGCUUACCGGCAGCGCGCUCAAGGCUCCUCGACAGGGCAGGCAGGUGCCCACUGCUGCCCCCACCGAGCCUGCCACGGGAUUCCAGGCAUACACAGACGCACCUCCGGGCCACGACCGACCGUACCGUUUUUCGUUCUACUCGAACGCCUUGCCUGUCACCAUUCACGCGCGCACCAUGGCCGAGCUGCCUGCCGAGGGCCAGUCGUUUGAGGAUCUGUUCAAGGGCCGCAACAACUCUGCAGACACGGCCGCCGACUUGAGCGCCACGCCACGCCCCGGUUCCGGUAUCAGUGGAAUGGGCACUCCCAACGAGCCCAGCCUGUUGACGCAGACGGCGCCCAAGCAGCUCGCGAUGAAGAACGCUCUUGCAACGUCGACCCUCCCACCAACAGCUGAAGAGGACCCGGACCAGUUUACGUGGUGGCUCGAUGUGCUGUCGCCGACCGACGAGGAGAUGCGCAUGCUGUCCAAGGUCUUUGGCAUCCACCCGCUCACAACGGAAGACAUUUUGCUUGAGGAGACGCGCGAAAAGAUUGAACUGUUCCGCCACUACUACCUCGUCUGUUUCCGCUCGUUUGACCAGGACCCAUACUCGCAGACCUACCUCGAGCCCCUCAACAUGUACAUUAUCGUGUUCCGCGAGGGCACGCUGUCUUUCCACUUCCGCGGCACCCCGCACCCGCAAAACGUUCGCAGGCGUAUCAAGCACCUCAAGGACUACAUCUCUGUCACAUCCGACUGGAUCUCGUACGCCCUCAUCGACGACAUCACCGACGCUUUUGGACCGCUUAUCCAGUCGAUCGAGUACGAGGUCGACUCUAUCGACGAGCUGGUCCUCAUCCUCAAGGAAGCAGAGCAAACAGACAUGCUCAGGCGUAUCGGCACAUGCCGUAAAAAGGUCAUGGGUCUCCUGCGACUCAUGGGCUCCAAGGCGGACGUGGUCAAGGGCCUCGCCAAGCGGUGUAACGAAAACUGGCUCGUGGCCCCCAAGUCGGACAUUGGGCUGUACCUGUCCGAUAUCCAGGACCACUUGAUCACCAUGACGUCCAACUUGAACCACUAUGAGAAGAUUCUGUCGCGCUCCCACUCCAACUACCUCGCCCAGAUCUCCAUCGAGAUGACAGACGCCAACAACCAGAUCAACGACGUGCUCUCAAAGCUCACGGCACUCGGUACCGUCCUCAUCCCCAUGAACCUGGUCACCGGUCUGUGGGGUAUGAACGUCCACGUCCCCGGCCAGGACGCCGAGGUAGACACAUACCAUUGGUUUGGCGGCAUCCUCGGCGGCCUUGCGGCGUUUGCCAUCGUCGGUGCAUGGGCGACGUACAGGUGCUUUGUGAGGUAG